UCAUGGAAAUAGUUACUUUGUUACAGAACGUAUAGGAAUAACAUCCAAGAAGUAGCUUAUGCUUUGCAUUAGUCGCAGACCGUAAUCAUUUGCUAAUAAUGCUUAAUCUUUUUUUUAUUAAAGGAAACUGAUCAAGAUACACAAGAACCUGUUUAGCGGGGGAAAUGGAGCAAGUCCAAGGAAUGUCGAUCAAGACCAGAAUGCACUAGUCUGGGAUAUCAUUACUCAUCUCUCUCGGCUCUGAAUGCUUUCUUCCACCCGGGCCACUUUGUCUUUGUGCUGGAAACAAAAUAUUUUGAUAAUGUUUGAUCAUGUCGGUGGGAUGUACAGCAAGUCUGUGUUCGAGGACCGUAUCACGCAAGGAUAACAAUCAAACGAUUAUUCAGGAUUACAACGAAUGAACGCAUGUUUGCAAUUGUUUCUUGGUGAAAACAAGUUUUCGUAUGAACCGGUGUGUCAAUGCUUGUGUGAUGCAUGGACUGAGGAGUUACAAGUUGCGAUAGCACACAAGUUCGAUUGCGGUUUCAAGUAUCGAAGGUAAAGCUUGGAUAUCCUCAAUAGAAACAAAGAAAACGUUUAGGCUAAUGACACAUAAGGCUAUCAAUAGGAAUAUGGUACUGAUGUAGUGGGCAGUGGUUGCAUGGCAUGUGAUAUUUCAGCAAUUUAUCCAGUUUGCAAUUGAUAUUUGCAGUAAGAAUACCAAAGGAAAUAGCCCAUAUUCUCUAUUAAUUGUAUGUGUUCAGGCAUGGAGUCUCACAACCACUGAAAACCAUUUGCAAUUCGAUGUUACUGCUUUUGUAUGAAGUCCAUAGGCCUACUAAAAAGAUGGACAAGAUUCUUGGCACAGUAUAGAAAACAACCCAGGACUCUUGUGUAAUCGAGUCAGAGAUAUACCCAGCUUGAUACUGCACUAGAGAGUAAAACUAGAUAUAGCACUAAGGUUACUAUCGUGUUAUAGUGCAUGAGCACAUAUCAGUAUUUGUGCCAUUUGACACUUGUUGUGGCAUUCCAGCAAAAGACCAUAACAUUUACAUAACUCUUUCGCACCUUCUCUUAUUGAUUCAAACAAGUGUUGGGUGACUAAAGUUGAGAUGAGCUGAAGUAGUAGGGCUAUAGUUCAACAAUUUAGAGAUCACCUAUUUGUACAACAUGUGUUAAAACGUUGUGCUCAAGGGUAGCUGCAUCACAAUGAUUUUAGGCAGCGUGUGCGUAUGAUAUUCAUCAGAGAGUCAAAAUGUCGAUGAAAGGCAAGGCACUCUACACUUUCCAAAGUGAAAACAAAGAGGAGAUCAGCAUACAGGAGAAUGAGGAACUGGUUAUCUUUGACGAUAACUCUGUAGAUGGCUGGUUACAAGGGGAGAACAGUAAAGGACAGAGAGGUCUCUUCCCGGCCUCUUACGUGGAAGUAAUCCGCCCUCGUUCCAACUCCAACCUGACAGACUGCUCCAUAAGCCCAGUGGGUUCUCCGGGCAAUGACUCCUCGUAUUUCCCCUCCGCCCCAAACACACCCUUUCACAUGCAACAGGGUUACUAUGACGAUGACGAUGAUGACUGGGAUGAUUGGGAUGACAGUUCCACAGUGGUGGACGAUGAUGGCCGCAGUGGUGCAAAUGGACAUUCCCAUCAGAGCCCCCACUCCAACAACCCCAAUGUCCACUAUCGCGCCAAACCAUACAUGGAGAGGCAGGACAGCAUCUCCAGCUCGCGGAAGGGCAGUAUGGUGGGCAGGAACUUGAACCGAUUCUCCAGCUUUGUCCGCUCAGGGGUGGAAGCGUUUGUGUUGGGCGAUGUGCCCAUGAACGCUAAGAUAGCGGAGUCGUACACCAUUGAGAUGGGCCCCAAAGGGCCUCAAUGGAAAGAAAGCCCCACACCUUUCUCUUGCUCCAUCGAGGACCCUACCAAGCAGACCAAGUUCAAAGGCAUCAAGACCUACAUAUCGUACCGAGUGACCCCAAGCCACAAUGCGAGGCCUGUGUACCGGCGUUACAAGCACUUUGACUGGUUGUACAACCGUCUACUGCACAAGUUCACAGUCAUCUCUGUGCCCCACCUGCCCGAGAAACAGGCAACGGGGCGCUUCGAAGAGGACUUCAUCGAGAAGCGCAAGAGGCGGCUGAUCCUCUGGAUGGACCACAUGACCAGCCACCCGGUCCUGUCGCAGUACGAGGGCUUUGAGCACUUCCUCAUGUGCGCUGACGACAAGCAGUGGAAGCUGGGCAAGCGGCGGGCAGAGAAGGACGAAAUGAUGGGCGCCAACUUCAUGCUCACCUUCCAGAUCCCAAACGAGCACCAGGACCUGCAGGAUGUGGAGGAACGUGUGGACUCCUUCAAGUCCUUCGGCAAGAAAAUGGAUGACAGCGUCAUGCAGCUUACGCAUGUGGCCUCGGAACUGGUGCGGAAGCACCUCGGAGGCUUCCGCAAGGAAUUUCAGCGGCUGGGGAAUGCUUUCCAGAACGUCAGUCAGGCGUUCAUGCUGGACCCUCCCCACUGCUCAGACACCCUCAACACCGCCAUCUCCCACACGGGACGCACUUACGAGAACAUCGGGGAAAUGUUUGCGGAGCAACCUAAGUAUGACCUCUUCCACAUGCUGGACAAACUGUCACUCUACCAGGGCCUACUCGCCAACUUCCCCGACAUUAUACAUCUACAGAAAGGUGCGUUCGCCAAGGUCAAAGAGAGUCAGCGGAUGAGCGACGAAGGGAAAAUGGACCAGGACGAGGCAGACGGAGUGCGUAAACGCUGCCGGACAGUGGGAUUCGCCCUACAGGCUGAGAUGAACCACUUCCACCAGCGCCGCGAGGUGGACUUCAAGGAGAUGAUGCAGGCCUACCUCAAACAGCAGAUCGCCUUCUACCAGCGCGUGGGGCAACAGCUGGAGCGUACCCUGCACAUGUACGACAACCUGUAGAGGCUGGGCUUGUCAUCAGCCCUGACGUUAUCCUUCUGAUCCGAAAUGGCCACCCAGUUCAACGGGGCCUCCUCAGGGGGUUGCCAAAAAGCCUAGUGGAAAUAGAGACAUCCCACUGGACACACACUGGUUGUUUCAACGUAAUUUGUCAACGUAUUGUGACGUGGAAUCAACGUGGAAAAUA